AUGCAUUACGAAGAAAACUCAAAUGAAAAUGCAAAUUUGCAGCAAAACCAAAGUAGAAAAAAUAAUGUUCCAAAAUCAGCUGCUAAACCUAAAGUACCUUUAACAUAUAGUCUCGUCGUAAAUCAUAAAAAAUACGAAGUUUUCAAGUGGUUAACAGCGACGACAUUCGAUUCUGAUAUCUUAAAAAUCCUUUUAGUAUCCAUUGUGGAGCCAAUCAAUAGCCAACAGCGAAACUUGAUAAAAGACGAAUGGCAUGACGUGAUGGCUACCAUUAAUUAUUUCGAUAGAAUCGGAAUAACAAAGGCGCAGCAAUACUGUACUGAUUUAAUGAAUGGAUACCGCGAAUGGCAUAGAUCAUCUGAAGAUACUAUUCCAAAACAAAUAGUAGAAAAGAUUUUUAUCCCUUUUAAUAUUUCUCAUGAUGAUGGUCAACAAUUAAUAUCAAUUUUGAGAAAUAUGUCAAUUGAAGAGCGAUCGAGUGUGCGGUCGAUUAUUUAUCAUAAACUAAAAGGGAUGACGGAUUUUUUUGGCGGAAAACAAUCUGAAUUAUUUAGACGCAUGACGAUGAUCCAACGCAUCACUACCGCAGAAAAAGAAAAUGCCAAACUCAAUAACGAGUUAAAAAAGCUCAAAGAAAAAUAUGAAAUCGAAGUUUUCAAUUUCAAAAAUGAAACUGAAAAAAAAUAUCAUGAUGCAUUUGAGUUUGAAAAGCAAAAAUUCACAAAUGACGAAAAACAAAAAAUUAUCAUACAAGUCAAAUCAGAAAUCGAGUCUCAAAAACAAAAAAUUAUCGAUUGUUAUAAACUAAAGGACCAUCAUCAUUCACAAGUGGAAAAUCUCAAAUCCAAGUAUGAAACAGAAUUAUAUGAAUCACGUAAGAAAAUUCAAAAAUUAGAAGAGGAAUUAGGCACCCUAACCCAUGAAACCAAAUCUGCGAAAGAAGAAACGUCACGAUUGCAAAAUCUCAAAUCCAAGUAUGAAACAGAAUUAUAUGAAUCACGUGAUAGAAUUCAGGAAUUAGAAAAUGAACGGCAAAUCACUUCGUCAGAAUUAAACAACCUACAAUACGAAAAUUCACUAAAGCAAAACAAAAUUGAUGCCCUAACAGAUGAAACCAAAUCUGCGAAAGAAGAAACGUUACGGUUGCAAAAUCUCAAAUCCAAGUAUGAAACAGAAUUACAAGAAUCACGUGGGCUAAUUCAAGAAUUAGAAGAUGAACGGCAAAUCACUUUGCCAGAAUUAAGCAAUUUAAAAUACGGCAAUUCGCAACAGCAAAACAAAAUUGAUUUCCUAACGCAUGAAAUCAAAUCUGCGAAAGAAGAAGCGUCACGAUUGCAAAAUCUCAAAUCCAAGUAUGAAACAGGAUUACAAGAAUCACGUGUGAGAAUUCAAGAAUUAGAAGAUGAACGGCAAAUCACUUUGUCAGAAUUAAAAAAUUUACAAUACGAAAAUUCGCUAAACCAAAAGCGAAUUGAUGCCCUAACGCAUGAAACCAAAUCUGCGAAAGAAAAAGUGUCACGAUUGCAAGCCGAAUAUGAAACAGAAUUACAAGAAUCACGUGUGAGAAUUCAAGAAUUAGAAGAUGAACGGCAAAUCACUUUGUCAGAAUUAAAAAAUUUACAAUACGAAAAUUCGCUAAACCAAAAGCGAAUUGAUGCCCUAACGCAUGAAACCAAAUCUGCGAAAGAAGAAGCGUCACGAUUGCAAUCGGCACUUGGUGGUGUAAGAGAUCUUCAAUGGAAUAACGACGACACAAGUAAUCCAUUGCAGCUAACAAAAGAUAUUGACAGAAUACAUGCUUUAUUGAAUAAUGUAACAAAAGUGAAACCAAAACAUCAAAUACGUAUCGACGAGUCAGCUAGCCUAGAUCUUUUUAGGGAAUUCAAAAUUAUAAAUAUUACGGAGGAAGGACCUUACAAAACGGCAUUGAGUAGUGCUUUACAGCGUAUAAUCAUCGAUAGAGUCUUUGACGUUAUUAAAGCUUUACCUUCCGAUAUUAACAACGCAGUUUCAAACUUUGAUGAAAAUCUCGAAGCAAAUGUUUCCUACCACUUUAGAGAAUUAGAUUUUUUUAUGAGGAAGUUAGCCACUAAUCGUCCCGGUGACGAUGAAAUCACAAUUAUUGCACCAACAAAAAUUCGGCAACAAGUAUUCGCUUCGUUAGGAUCACGUGGUUACAGCAAUCAUCAUCCGAAAGUUAAUUCGCUCACGGAAGAAUUACUGCAGAAAAUGGGAAAAUAUCGCGAAGUACUUUUUAAGGAACAAAGAAAUAUUUUAAAAACCCAAGUUACCGAGGUUGUAGUUGAGUUAAUGCGUUUAUAUUUUCGAUUGUUUGCUCAAGAGCCGAUCCCAGAAAUAAGAUGGAUCGAAAGUGAAGAGAGUAUCUGUGGCGGGUUUAUGCAGGGACCUUGGGAUAUAGAGGCUAGCCAGAAUCAAGUGGUUGAUUUUUGUUAUUUUCCCGCGAUAGGUAUAGAUCUUGAUGAUGAUAAAAAUCGACGUGUUUAUUGUAAAGCUCAAAUUUUAGUCAGACAAAAAAAAAAUGCGGGUGUGUUUAAAACUAUAUGGAGCAGACUUAGAAAAAACGAUUCUUAA